AGGCUACGACCGCAGCAGUAGCCGAUAAUUAGUGAAAGAUAUAUACGCUCUCAUGAAAGUUGCUUGCGAUUUGUACACCGGAUGGUCCCCCGUUCCGAGUCCCCAGGCGAAGUGAAACCGUCAAAAACAUCAGCAUCACCAUCAUCAUCAUCAUCAUCAUCGUCAUCGUCAACUCUGGUAACAUCAACGUUGCGAAGAGCAUCGGCAUCGGAAGAAACACGGCAGCGGGAAAAUCAUCAGCUGCGAACAGCAAACAAUGUUUUGCCGCAACUUAUUGUUGAAAACAUCCCAUCGCAGCAAAAGAGCCAUGACUCUUUCAAAUGCAAUGCCCCCAUUAUGCUGCUGCUGCUGCUGCUGCUGCUGGCACUGAGCUCAGCUGGAAAUUGCCAAAUUUGCGGUCCCCCGGCGGUGCCGCUGAAUGCUAAGGUGCGAACCAUCGCCGUCGACUCGCAGGUGGCGGAGGCGCACUACGAGUGCGAUGCUGGCUACGAGCUGUUCGGCUCGGCGGCGGUCAAGUGUGACCCCCGGACGGGCUGGGAGCGGGACCUGCCCUUCUGCGGGGUCAAUGUGGCCUACCGUAAGCCCGUCAACCAGAGCUCCUACACCCGGAGCGGACCUGCGAGCUACGCCAACGAUGGCAAGCCGGGAAACAAGAAUCCCGAUGGCCAGGAGUGCUCCGAGACGCAGAAGGAGCCGUCGCCCUGGUGGCGCGUUGACCUCCUGACCCCGCAGGCGGUGCACGUGGUGCGGAUCACGACGCGCGGCUGCUGCGGUCACCAGCCGCUGCAGGACCUCGAGAUCCGGGUGGGCAACAGCAGUGCGGACCUGCAGCGGAACCCGCUGUGCGCCUGGUACCCGGGCACCCUGGACGAGGGCGUGGUGAAGACAUUCACCUGCGCCCGCCCCCUCGUCGGGCAGUACGUGGCCAUCCAGCUGGUGGGCGUCGAGGGCAGCCUGAGCCUCUGCGAGGUGGAAACCUUCACCAACGACGAGUUCUCCGUGGACCGCUGCCUGAGUCCCAAGCUCGGCGUGGACACCGUGGUGACGACAUUCUCGAAAACCUGCUACGACUUUCAUAUCACAAAAGGAGAAAGCUUCGACAAGGCGCAGGCCAUUUGCAAGCAAACGGGUGGCGACUUGGUACACGACUUUCGGGGCGCCACCAGCCAAUACAUCUUGUCCGAACUGGAGCGCCGUAAGAGCGAACUGAAGCCGCAGCUCGUCUGGAUUGGCGCCCAGAAGGAGCCGGGCAUCUCCUCUCGGACCUGGAAGUGGGUGAACGGGGAUCUUGUGCAAAAGCCCGCGUGGGGCAAGGACCAGCCGAACAACUACAAUGGCGAGCAGAACUGCGUGGUGCUGGACGGAGGUCGGAAUUGGCUGUGGAACGACGUGGGCUGCAACCUGGACUACUUGCACUUCAUCUGCCAACACUCUCCAUUGUCUUGCGGCUCGCCGGAUGCCCAGCAAAACACCACUGUCAUGGGCAAAAAGUUCACCCUGGGCGAGAAGAUCCAAUACAGCUGUCCCAAGGGCCAUUCGCUGCUCGGUCAGACGGAACGGGAGUGCAGACUCGAUGGCACUUGGAGCGGCUCCUCGCCGACGUGCAAAUACGUGGACUGCGGCAGUCUGCCGGAGCUGAAGUUCGGGUCCAUCCACAAGUCGGAGGAGCGGAACAGCUUCGGCGUGGUGGCCACGUACAGCUGCCACGAGAACUACACGCUGAUCGGCAAUGAGAACCGGACCUGUGCCGUCGACGGAUGGAGCGGGAAGCAGCCGGAGUGCCUGGUGGACUGGUGUCCGGAUCCGCAGCCCAUCACCGGAGGCAAUGUGCGGUUCAGCGACAAGCGGGCCGGUUCCACGGCCACGUACGUUUGCGAGCCGGGCUAUGUGCUCGUCGGCGAGGCGAUCAUCUCGUGCGGCCUGGGAGGCGAGUGGUCGAGCAAGCCGCCGUCCUGCAGGUUCGUUGACUGCGGUGCUCCGGCGCGACCCAACCGCGGCAUAUCCAUCCUGCUGAACGGCACCACCACCGUCAACUCGGUGGUGAAGUACGAGUGCGACGAGGACUACUGGCUGGACGGCAACUCGGAGCUCUACUGCACCCGCGAGGGCAAGUGGUCCGGCGAGGCGCCGGUCUGCGAGCUAGUCACCUGCGAGACGCCCCAAGUCCCGGCCGGUUCCUUCGUCAUCGGGUACGACUACAACGUCCACUCGAAGAUCCAGUACAACUGCGACCCCGGCCACAUCAUGCACGGCACUCCGGUGCUCGAGUGCCUCGACAGUGGCGAGUGGAGUGCCGACGCGCCGUACUGCGAAUACAUCGACUGCGGCCAGAUCCUGCCCAUCCCCUAUGGCAGCCACAAGUACGUGACGAACAGCACCUACGUGGGAUCGGAGGUGGUGUUCAGCUGCGCCCAGUCCCACAAACUCAGUGGGGUUCUCAAGCGCCAGUGCCUGGAGUCGGCGGUCUGGAGCGAUGCCUCGCCCAAGUGCGAAGAGAUUCGCUGCCCGGAACCGAAGCUGGCGGCGCACAGCCUGCUCUCCGUCACUGGAAACGACCGCAUGUACGGACGCACCCUGAUCCGCACCUCCGAGUCCUCGCAGAACACUGCCCAGACCUACAAAAUUGGGGCUCUGGCCAAGUACCGAUGCGAACGGGGCUACAAGAUGGUCGGGGAGGCCCUGGCCACCUGCACGGAUAGUGGACAGUGGAGCGGCAGCAUACCAGAAUGUGUCUAUGUGGAGUGCGGGGCGCCCGAGGGCAUCAGCAAUGGCAAGGUCGUCCUGGCCACCAACGUCACCUACUACGGCGCCGCCGUCCUCUACGAGUGCCACGUGAACUUCAAGCUGAAUGGAGUCUCGCGGCGCCUGUGCACGGAGCACGGCAACUGGAGCCACGAGGCGCCCGAGUGCGUGGAGGUCGUCUGCGACACGCCCAACAUCAGCGAGAACCUGAUCGUGGAGGCAGGGCCCCGGGCCGUCGGGUCAGUGGCCACCUUCAAGUGCUCCAAGGGCAGGAUCAUGAUGGGGAACGACACGCGCGUCUGCCAGAAGAACGGCAAAUGGGCCGGAAAAAGUCCCACCUGCAGGCCUGUCGACUGCGGACGCCCGCUGGCGAUCGAGAAUGGUCGAGUGAUCGUGGUCAACGAGUCGACACUGUACGGCGGCUCAGCGGAGUACCACUGCAUUCCGAACUACAACCGGAUCGGGCAGUACCUGCGCAAGUGCACCGAGGACGGCGCCUGGAGCGGGAAGCAGCCGCGGUGCGAACUGGCCACCGCCGAGGGCCACGAGAGCUCGGAGCUGGGCACCGGCGUGGGGAUCGGGGCCACGGUGAUCGUGGCCCUGCUGGUGGUCUUCGGCCUCAUCUUCCUGUACCGCAACAAGGCGCGGCCCGUGAAGAACACGGAGAACGUCCAGGCUGCGGAGACGAAGGACGAGCGGAACGCGGCCGUGAUGUCAUACUCCACGCUGGAGGCCAACAACCGCGCCCACAUGGACAACAAUCCCUCGGCCACGUUCAACACCUUCCACGGAGGAGCUGGCCGGAAUGGUGCCCCCGCCAGUGGGGAUCCCAAUGCAACCAGCAACGGCGAGAGGUUGAACAACAAUCGGUCAGAGAACAUAUACGACCAAAUACCAAACGAGCAGUUCUACGACGCUCCUUACGAGAUGCGCACCAAUGACGAGGUCUACGAACCGGAGCCGGUGGCCAGCAAUGUGAUCACCAUCAACGGCAUUUCCGUGAGAUAGAGGAGGCACCAUGGCAUCAACAACUUAGCAACGUUUAACGUUAGUUUCGUGUUAAUAACUGUACAUAUUAGUUGUUUAAGGGAGGUUUUGAGUUACUCGUAGUUCGCCUAAAACUAAAACUAAAGCUAAAGCUAAAGCUAAAACUUGGUCACCCUAUGCACAUGUACCGUAGUAGCCCCGUAUAUAUAGGUCUAUCCAUACCGCAUAAUCUAUCUUUACUGUAUACAUAUGUACUUACCGUGUCUAAACGAAGCCCAUGUACUGAGAUCGACGUGUCGAGUAGGAGUUCGAAUUGCGAGGAGAAGUUUCCUUUCGCCCCAUUCAUACUCGUAUCUGUUUGUGUUGUUUAAAUUAUUUUAACUAUGUAGUGAGAGUGAACAGUUUUGUUAUGCAAUGUGUAAGAACUCGCCAAUGUGUGUUAAAGCGUUAAUUUUACGAGCAAUUAAACAAUUGUGGUUGACUAAA